AUGGACGUGGACGUGGACGUGGACAUGGACGUGGACAUGGUCGUGGACGUGGACGUGGACGUGGACGUGGACGUGGACAUGGACGUGGACGUGAACAAGACGUGGACUGGACGUGGACGUGGACGUGGACGUGGACCUGGACAUGGACGUGGACGUGGACGUGGACGUGGACAUGGACGUGGACGUGGACAUGGUCGUGGACGUGGACGUGGACGUGGACGUGGACGUGGACAUGGACGUGGACGUGAACAAGACGUGGACGUGAACAUGGACGUGGACAUGGACGUGGACGUGGACAUGGACGUGGACGUGGACGUGGACGUGGACGUGGAGAACUUGGACAUGGACAUGGACGUGAACGUGGACCUGGACGUGGACGCGGACGUGGACGCGGACGUGGACGUGGACGUGGACGCGGACGUGGAGGUGGACGUGGACGUGGACGUGGACGUGGAGUGGACGUGGACGUGGACGUGGACGUGGACGUGGACGUGGAGGUGGACGUGGACGUGGACAUGGAGGUGGACGUGGACGUGGACGUGGACGUGGACGUGGACGUGGACGUGGACGUGGACGUGGACGUGGAAGUGGACGUGGACGUGGACGUGGAGUGGACGUGGAGUGGACGUGGACGUGGACAUGGACGUGGACGUGGACGUGGAUGUGGACGUGGACGUGGACGUGGACGUGGAUGUGGACGUGGACGUGGAGGACGUGGACGUGGACGUGGACGUGGACGUGGAGGACGUGGACGUGGACGUGGACGUGGAGAACUUGGACGUGGACAUGGACGUGAACGUGGACGUGGACGUGGACGUGGAGGACUUGGACGUGGACAUGGACGUGGACGUGGACGUGGACAUGGACGUGGACGUGGACGUGGACGUGGACGUGGAGAACUUGGACGUGGACAUGGACGUGAACGUGGACGUGGACGUGGAGGACUUGGACGUGGACAUGGACGUGGACGUGGAGUGGACGUGGACGUGGACGUGGACGUUGAUGUGGACGUGGACGUGGACAUGGACGUGGACGUGGACGUGA